AUGAGUACUGAACGAAACUCCCAUACAAUAUCAGUGUUAGCAAACGGAAAAGUGUUGGUUGCUGGUGGGCAUAACAGCGGUGGCUAUCUAAAUAGUGCGGAGUUGUAUGAUCCAUCAACAGGAAUUUGGACAAAUACUGGUAACAUGAAUACUGCACGAUACUUACAUAGAGCAUCAGUGUUAGCAAAUGGGCAAGUGUUGGUUGCUGGUGGAUACAAUGGUAUUUUUUUAAAUAAUCCCGAGCUGUAUGAUCCAUCAACAGGAAUUUGGACAAAUACUAGUAACAUGAAUACUGCACGAUACUCUCAAACAGCAUCCGUGUUAGCAAACGGACAAGUGUUGAUUGCUGGUGGUGGAUACAAUGGUAUUUUUUUAAAUAAUCCCGAGCUGUAUGAUCCAUCAACAGGAAUUUGGACAAAUACUGGUCACAUGAGUACUGUACGAUACUACCAUACAGCAUCAGUGUUAGCAAAUGGGAAAGUGUUGGUUGCUGGUGGAUUGAACAGCAGUGAUUAUCUAAAUAGUGCGGAGUUGUAUGAUCCAUCAACAGGAUUUUGGACAAAUACUGGUAACAUGAAUACUGCACGAGAAUUCCAUACAGCGUCAGUAUUAGCAAAUGGGAAAGUGUUGGUUGCUGGUGGAGAGAAUAGCAAUGGCUAUCUGAAUAGUGCGGAGCUAUAUGAUCCGUCAACAGGAAUUUGGACAAAUACUGGUAACAUGAAUACUGCACGAGAAUUCCAUACAGCAUCAGUGUUAGCAAAUGGAAAAGUGUUGGUUGCUGGUGGAUUCAAUGCUAGUGUUCUAAUACCCGAGCUGUAUGAUCCAUCAACAGGAAUUUGGACAAAUACUGUUGACAUGAAUACUUUACGAUACUUACAUACAGCAUCAGUGUUAGCAAAUGGAAACGUGUUGGUUGCUGGUGGAGCGAAUGGCGGUGUCUAUCUAAAUAGUGCGGAGUUGUAUUCGCCAUAA